GUCUGUCUUGCGUACAGUGGUGGUUUGGACACAAGUUGUAUCUUGGCCUGGUUGAUUGAGAAGGGUUACGAUGUUGUAAGUCAUACCUGCUAUACGUCAAAAUGUUAGGAUGGUUGGAUGAGGACGUACGCUCUGGGAGAAGAUAAAACGACGAGGCUGGGGAAUGGAAGCUGUAGGUAUGCAAGGGAUGCUGAUAGAGUCAUAGGUUUGCUUUAUGGCGGAUGUGGGACAGGAAGAGGAUUUCAAAGCCGCCAAGGAGAAGGCAUUGAAGAUUGGAGCCGUGGCGUGUUAUAUUGAGGAUAUCCGCAGAGAAUUUGUUGAGGAACUGUGCUUCCCUGCUAUUCAGGCGAAUGCCAUCUAUGAGAACGUGUAUCUCUUGGGAACUUCCCUUGCUCGACCCGUCAUCGCCAGAGCCCAAAUCAAGGUUGCACAAAAGGAAGGAUGUGUUGCUGUUUCUCACGGCUGCACUGGCAAGGGCAACGACCAAGUCCGCUUUGAAUUGGCAUUCUACGCCCUUCAGCCCUCCAUCAAAGUCAUUGCCCCAUGGAGAAUGCCCGAGUUCUACGAGCGCUUCGCAGGCCGCAACGACCUGCUCGACUACGCAGCCAAAACCGGCAUUCCUGUUAGCAGCACAAAGGCCAAGCCCUGGAGUAUGGACGAGAACCUUGCACACUGCAGUUAUGAAGCCGGUAUCCUAGAGGACCCAGAUGUCACGCCUCCAUCAGACAUGUGGAAAUUGACCGUGGAUCCUCUGAAGGCACCUGACACGCCAGAGGACUUCACUAUCGUGUUCAAGAAGGGAUUGCCAGUGGAGCUGAUCACCGCAAAGGGAAAGAAGAUUACCGAUCCCGUCGAACUGUUCUUGGAGUCCAACGCUAUUGCUCGUCGUCACGGUGUUGGAAGAAUCGAUAUUGUGGAGAACAGAUUCAUCGGUCUCAAAUCCCGCGGCUGCUACGAGACGCCUGGCCUCACCUGUCUGCGCGCCGCACACGUCGAUCUCGAAGGUCUGGUCCUUGACCGUGAGGUCCGGGCUCUCCGUGACCAGUUUGUGACUUUCAACUAUGCCAAGAUCCUCUACAAUGGUCUGUACUUCUCCCCUGAACGCGAGUUCCUCGAGGAGUCCAUUGUUGCAAGUCAAAAGAACGUCAAUGGACAGGUGAGAUGCCGGGUUUACAAGGGAUCCUUCACGGUUCUUGGACGUAGCUCCGAGACCGAAAAGUUGUAUGAUGCCAGCGAGAGUUCUAUGGAUGAGAUUGGAGCGUUCUCACCAGCGGAUACGACCGGUUUUAUCUCCGUCCAGGCCAUCCGGUUGAAGAAGUAUGGUGAGGCUAAGGAAGCCAAGGGAGAGAGAUUGUAA